CGUUAUCGGAUAUGGCCAAGAAUCGUAAUCAAUGGCGAACGUGUUGCAAUUUCCUUCUUUCUUCCCUUCCUGAUGAUAGUUGACGAAAACUGCUUGAACUUGUUAAACAUGACUGUUUUCCUUCCAGAUGAGGUUCUUUAUCCGUUCUUUACUUAAAUUUUCACUUUUAAUCUAUGUUGUUUUAUUACUAUUGUGUGGUGCAUCUUUCUUGGUGCCAUAUUGUACCAAGUUUUUCUGCGUUCAAACAAUAAUAAUAAGUUUGCAUUUCUAAGAUUUUAUUACUGAUUCUGCCGAAGCUUACUUAUUCGUAACAGAAUGAAGUCCACCGAGUUUAUUGCUGAUCCAACGUUUCUAGUUGUCCUUUGACAAUGGACGUUCAACGGGUUUUGAAACCGCUUUCUUAGCCUACCAGGGUUAUGCCACCGAAAAAGUAUUACCGGUUUUGAUACGGCGUGUGUGGCAUAAACAUGCGUGUUGAGUAAAGUAAAUUGUUUUCAUUAUGGAAUGGAAAAAUAUUUGUGAAUUUUGACAAAGCGACACAUAAUGUACUUUUCUAACGUGGAUGUUAUUACUUUGAAAAAUAAAACGUUUCCAAACCUCUGGUUCCAUCACACUUCAUAUUUAAAACUGAGUCAUCCACCUCGCCUUGUAUUUGAUGUUCCUUCGAACGAUUCGAACUGGCUGAAUGACGAUUUUAUGUUUACUACAAAGCCAUCAGUUGAUUUCAGAGCAGCAAAUGAUUCAACUAGAAUAGACUUGAACAAAGGUGAUUCACGUUUAACACCAGCAACAUUUGUUAGCUAUGCACCGUCAGCAGGAUAUGGUGAACCACUACCCUGGGAUAUCGUUGACUGGCAAUUGAAUAAUGAUGGAUUUGAAAAGUUAUGGAGUAGUCAAAACUCAAAUGUAAUUCCAAGUAUAUCUGCGAGUAUCAAAGCAACUAUCGACCCUACAGAUAUACUUGUUGAUGCUGUUCAUAAUUUCCAUCCUAAUUAUCGUCAUUAUACUCAGGUAAUCUUUCAUCGGAUUAUGCUACCAUCCUGUGCUUGCAUAUGCCGAAACAGAGAAUCAAUAAUGAAAUGUGAUAAACACUCGGACUUCUAAUUCCUAAUGAUUAGAUUGUUUUAGAAACAUUGUCAAAAGUUGUCUUGCGACCCAGCUACUCAGUGCAAGAUUUUUAAUCUUCUAAACUAAAUUGAGAUGAAUCACAAUAAUCGCUGGUUUCUUAGAGUGACUUCGAAACCACCUGUUUCGACACUGCUUACUUUUGUUUGGGUUACCGGAUUGUAUUCUCAUGUCUUACAAAAACAUUUUGUGUGCCA